GGCGCGCGCCCCCUCAAGCCCGGCCGCGGCCCCGUCUGUCGCGCGCCAGGCAGAGCCAGCCAGCCAGCCAGGCAGCAUGGCCGAGCGGAAGCGGGCUUGGAACACGGAGGCCGACCUGCCGGUGUACCUGGCCCGCCCGGGCACGACGGCGCAGACGCCGCGGCAGAAGUACGGCGGGAUGUUCGCGGCGGUGGAGGGCGCCUACGAGAACAAGACCAUCGACUUCGAGGCCUACAGCGUGGGCCAGAAGGGCUCGCGCACCCCGCGCAGCGGCAGCCGCCACGACCUGCUGGACGGCGCCGGCGGGGACAACGGCAGCGAGGCGCCCAGCGACGCCAGCGAGGUCUCCGGCUCCGUCGUCAGCUCGCCCGGCGCCGAGCGCGACCACCGGGGGACGCCCGGCGUGGCCAUCCGCUGCCCGCCCGGCGCGGACAAUGGCAAGAAUGAACGCCUGCUCAUUAAAGGUGGACGAAUUAUCAAUGAUGACCACUCCUUCUAUGCAGAUGUCUACCUGGAAGAUGGGCUUAUAAAACAAAUAGGAGAGAAUUUAAUUGUUCCUGGUGGAGUAAAAACGAUUGAAACCAAUGGUCUAAUGGUUAUCCCUGGAGGUAUCGAUGUGAAUACAUAUCUGCAGAAGCCCUCUCAAGGCAUGACAGCUCUUGAUGAUUUCUACCUAGGCACAAAAGCAGCUUUAGCAGGAGGCACUACUAUGAUCAUUGAUCAUGUCCUUCCUGAACCUAGUUCCAGUUUACUAACUUCUUUUGAAAAGUGGCACGAGGCAGCAGACACCAAAUCCUGUUGCGAUUAUUCUCUCCAUGUGGACAUCACCAACUGGUAUGAUGGGAUCAGAGAAGAGCUAGAUAUAUUGGUGCAAGAUAAAGGCGUUAAUUCUUUCCAAGUUUACAUGGGCUACAAAGAUCUCUACCAAAUGACUGACGGCCAGCUUUAUGAAGCCUUUACUUUUCUGAAAAGUCUUGGGUGUGUUGUCAUGGUUCAUGCUGAAAAUGGAGAUUUGAUAGCUCAGGAACAAAAACGCAUGUUGGAAAUGGGAAUUACUGGACCUGAAGGACAUGCCUUAAGCAGACCUGAAGAGCUUGAGGCAGAAGCUGUUUUCCGUGCCAUCACCAUAGCGGGUCGGAUUAACUGUCCACUUUAUAUCACGAAGGUCAUGAGUAAGAGUGCAGCUGAGGUUAUAUCACUGGCCAGAAAGAAAGGUGCUCUUGUUUUGGGGGAACCAAUUGCGGCCAGCGUCGGAACAGACGGUACACAUUACUGGAGCAAAAAUUGGGCAAAGGCUGCAGCAUUUGUAACCUCACCGCCUCUGAGUUUGGAUCCUACAACACCUGACCAUUUGACCUCACUUUUAGCAUGUGGUGACUUGCAGGCAACUGGGAGUGCCCAUUGUACUUAUAGCACAGCCCAGAAGGCUGUUGGAAAGGACAAUUUCACUCUGAUUCCAGAGGGAGUUAAUGGGAUUGAAGAAAGAAUGACUGUUGUCUGGGACAAGUGCAUAUCUACAGGAAAAAUGGAUGAAAACCAGUUUGUUGCUGUUACUAGUACCAAUGCAGCCAAAAUCUUUAAUCUGUACCCACGAAAAGGCAGGAUUGCUGUGGGUUCCGACGCUGAUAUUGUCAUUUGGGAUCCAGAAAAGGAUAAGACAAUCUCAGCAAAAAGUCACAAAUCGGCUGUUGAAUACAAUAUUUUUGAAGGCAUGGAAUGUCAUGGGGCUCCCCUCAUAGUCAUUAGCCAAGGAAAGAUUGUGUUUGAGGAUGGAAAUCUCCAUGUAAGUAAAGGAAUGGGGCGUUUUAUUCCCCGGAAGCCUUUCCCUGAAUACCUUUAUCAACGGAUCAAAAUUAGGAAUAAGGUAACAGAAUUACAAGGUGUUUGCAGAGGAAUGUAUGAUGGACCAGUAUAUGAAGUCCCCGCAACACCAAAAUAUGCAACUCCUGCACCUUCAACUAAAUCAUCUCCUGCCAAAAACCAACCCCCACCAAUCAGGAAUCUACACCAGUCUAAUUUUAGUUUAUCAGGUGCUCAGGUAGAUGAUAACAACCCUCGGCGUACUGGACAUCGCAUUGUUGCACCUCCCGGUGGCCGCUCCAAUAUCACCAGUCUUGGAUGAGCUGAAGUGGAAGUCUAGAAGCCAAGGAUGAAGGAAGGGUCACAGAAAGAAGCUUAGUUCCCUUUUAUGUCUGUGUUGUUGGCCUCACUGUUUUCUUUGGUCCUAAGAAGUGGGGAAAUUACUUCUUUCCUUUAAAAAAAGGUUUUGCAUAGAAAGAGGCCAUCAUGGUGUAGUGUUUGCUUGGAUUAAUUGCCCCACAAUUGUGCUUUCAUAUCUGUGUCACCUUAAAGCAUGGUGCUUCCAUUGUCCUGUUAGUAACUGUUUUAGCUAUGUCUCGUGGUUCCUAAUGGUUCUUUUCACCCUCUCCUCCCGACCCCCUAACUGUGCUAGACUAGUGGAUGCAUGAUACUAAUGCAAGUUGCAGUUUGUGAGCGAGUCUACUUUAGACUGAUUGCCAACCAUAAACUAGGCUUGAUGCCAAGAUACACAAUUUCACUAAAGAAGGGAAACCAUAGACUUUUUAAAAAUGCGAUAGAAUAGGUCAGACUGCUUUCUGUUAAUGUAAUUCUUAAAUUUAUUACUGACACAAAUAAAAAGCAGUGUUAAAAGCUUCACCAGAAGAAGGCCUAGUGUCCGUGAUACACUUUAGUACAUUCCAAGUUUGCGUAUUUAUUUGUUUUUAGGAAGAAUGAUAAUUUAAAAAACUCGGAGUGGAUUUUCACAUUUGGGCAGUAGUGUUCACUUUUGCAUGAAUUUUUGGUACUUCCAAACAAUUCCAAUUGUUGGAUUUUAAAAGUUUUUGUACAAAGUUUUAUUUCUCCUUUAAAAAUCACGUUCUACUUAUAAUGUAUCAAACUACUAGUUGUGGUUCUUUUUUAUUAUUUUGAGGCGUGUGAAAUAAAAGAAAAUGAAACAACUA